AUGUCAGAAGAAGAGGAACAGCAACUUCAGACUAAUAAUGGACAUGCAAAGCAAGCCGGAGAGUCAGCCAAUCCCAUACAAUCCAAAGAGUUGCGACGCAAGAAAUUCUUAGUGUAUGUUGCACUAUUUACUAUGUUUCAAAUUGCAGUAAUUCUCUUCUUUUCAUUAUACGUAAUGAAAGUCAGAACUCCAAAGUUUCGCGUGUUGUCCACUAAAUUUGAUCAUUUGGAGACCAGAAAUGUGGGAAACGCUUCGUUCAACAUCACAAUGAACGUUGAAUUGGCUGUCAAAAACGCCAAUUUUGGGCCUUACAAAUACAAAAACAGCACUAUUUAUUUUUACUAUAAUGGUGUGAGUAUUGGAGAAGCUUUUAUUUCUCAAGGUAAGGCUGGUUUUAAGUCUAGUAAAAAAUUUAAUGUCAUUGUGAAUCUUUCAUCCAAUGAUAUGUUAGCUAAGGAUUUGAAGCUAAGGACUGAUUUGAGUUCUGGAACUUUAAUUUUGACAAGUAAGUCAAAAUUGGAUGGGAAAGUGAAGCUGCUUUUUGUGAUCAAGAAAAAGAAAUCUACAGAGAUGGAUUGCACCAUUACUGUUGGAUUGACCGGUAAAGUGGUGAGGGAUAUAGAAUGCAAUUAG